GUAUUUUUGCGCGUAUUACAUUUCUCGUCAAUUUAUCGGUUACUAUAAAAAUGCUAAGCUACAUGCUACAUUUUUGAUCGCAAAGCUAUUCAAAAUAAGUUGCUUGAUAUGGCUAACGCUAACCAGCUAAAUCUAAAUGUAGCAAUUAAUAUGAAUAUUUCCAUCGAAUCGUCAAGACAACGUUGGGGAUAUUGUUUCGUUGCCAUUGCAUAUAUUUGCAAGUUUGAGCUCGAGUAUUUGGGAUAUUACACCGUAACGUAAUGGGCAGUAAUGUGUGAUUUCGAGUAGCGAAUCGAUGAGAUGUUAGCUCCAACAUGUUAGCAGAUGUCAGCUCACGACAUACUUACUUUGACUGGAUAUUAGUUCCGAAAUUAUCGACAAUUUUGCUUUUCUCCGACACAAUGAAGACUCGUUUGCUUUUACAUUCGAGCUAUUCGUUUCGUUGGCGAUGAAUGUCGAGUGUCACAAUCGUGACUUGAGUGUCAGCUAGAAGGUUUUAUGUCAGUACUCGGUUCACUUUGUCCAAGUUCAGGGUAUCGGCGUGUCUGUCAGCCGGAGAGUUCCAGAGGGCGAUGAUGUAAUGCAUUAUCUUCAGUCACGCAAGUUUCCACCAACCAGUGAGUGUGCAGUCCAGCUCACUGGGGAAGGAGUGGCACCAGGGACCAUGAGUGGGAAUGGCCCUCAUACGGAGGCGUCCAUGUACUUUGAAGUUGAGGUGGAACGGCUGGAGCGGGAGGAGGAAGAAGAAGAUGACGAUAAACUCCACUAUGACAAAGAUGAGAACAUCAAUGAGCCGUCAUCUUCCACCAGUCGUGUGUACGACCGCACCACAGUGCUCAUUGAGCGAGACCCCAUCCGUUUGGACGAGGAAGGUGAAGAAGAAGGUCACUGUGGAGGUGAUGAUGAUGGAGUCAACUUUUUAACUGAGGUGGAAGGAGAUGAAGAGGAUGGGUCUUUCAUGGCGGAUCCUGACGCAAUGUCUCAGGGUUACGUGCACCACACCAUUUCUCCAGACCAGAUCCAGUUCACCAUCAAUCCAGGGUCUACGCCGAUGCCACGCAACAUAGAGGGGGCUACACUGACCCUUCAUUCUGAGUGUCCAGAGACCAAACAAAGGGAGGUGAAGCGCUACCAGUGCAUGUUUGAAGGAUGCACGAGGACGUACAGCACUGCAGGAAACCUGCGAACGCACCAGAAGACCCACAGAGGAGAAUACACCUUUGUUUGUAAUCAGCAAGGCUGUGGAAAGGCUUUUCUUACCUCCUACAGCCUCAAAAUCCACGUCCGCGUCCACACCAAGGAAAAGCCCUUCGAGUGUGACGUGCAGGGCUGCGAGAAGGCCUUCAAUACACUGUACAGACUAAAAGCACACCAGAGAAUUCACACGGGCAAAACAUUCAACUGUGAGUCUGAGGGUUGUACCAAGUACUUCACCACACUCAGCGAUCUGAGGAAGCACAUUCGCACUCACACUGGAGAGAAACCAUUCCGGUGCGACCAUGAUGGGUGUGGUAAAGCGUUUGCUGCAAGUCAUCACUUGAAAACCCACGUACGGACCCACACAGGCGAGAAGCCUUUCAACUGUCCAAGUGAUGGCUGCGAGAAGACGUUCAGCAGCCAGUACAGCCUGAAGAGUCACAUCCGAGGCCACGACAAGGGGCAGCCCUUCAGCGUCACUCUCAGCCACCCGCUGUCUGAAGAUGCUAACCAUUCCCUGUGCCUCAGUGAUCUCAGCCUCAUCUCCACUGACUCUGAACUUCGGGAGAACGUUAAUAAUGCACAGAAUUUGGACCUCAACAACGUGACACCUGUGAGGUUCUUUGAGCUCAUGUUCCAGAGUCCAGACAACAGCAUCAGCCAGGACGAGGCUAAUCACCAAGCAGCAGUGAUUGACGCGCCAUCUCACCCCCGGAACGGCUGCUCCUCUCACGCCUCCGGCCCAGCUCCAGUUACUGUUGCAAGCACUUCUGAACAACCUCCAGCUUUCGUGCCUCCGACAGCACCCCAGCAGAUCUCGGACCUGCCUGCUCCAGCCCCUGUCCAAACCACCAACCAACCUCAACAUUUCAUGUCAAUGCCAUCCACUUUUAUUCAGCCGGAAGGUGCUCCACAGCCCACUCCUCUGCCACCACCCAUCUCCGCUCCUCCUCCUUCAGCUGCACCCGCACUGACCCCUGCGCCGACAGGAAUCACCACCACCACUGCUGCUGUGGCUGUAACCACGGAUGCUAUGGCAAAUGCUGCACAAGCUGUGCCUUUGGUCAACAACACUGUUGCCAUUUCCGGGACCGGGCUGACGCCGGCUCCAGCCACGAUCACUAUAGCCCCACCCCAGAGUCUGCUGCAGCCCAGCCUUGUCAUGUCGGACCAGAAUCUUCAGUGGAUCCUCAGCAGCGCUGCUAACAGCCAGCAAAGUCAAGAUCAAGCGCCUCAUCAAGGAGCUCCAAAAGUGGAAAAGGUUUACUUCACUACAGCCAUUCCAAUGGGAGCAAAUCCUGGCAACUCUGUGCAGCAGAUCGGGCUCAGCCUGCCAGUCAUCAUCAUCAAACAGGAGGAGUCCUGCCAGUGCCAGUGUGCCUGCAGGGACUCAGGGAAAGACAAGAGUUCUAAGAGUGCCUCCUCUGUUAGCUCCACGCAUCAGCCCCCUCCACCAGAAGCUCCUCCACCUCCACCACAACCCACAGAGCCUCAAUAUCCUCCCAACACCUCAUCUUCCUCAUGCUGCCUCCCGGAGUCUUCCUCUGAAGCCGGUGAAGCGAGGCUGGAGGCCCCGCCUGCCUCCUCGGUUGAGACUUUCUCAAGAAUAGAGAGCAACACCUCCAACAACCCUGCCUCCCUCGCCAACAUGGACGUGUCCGACUUCUUCUCCCUGCAGAGCCCCGAAACAGCCCUGGUCCUCGUCCCCGAGGACUUCAGCAUGUCCACCGAUGGCAAUCCCUAGAGCUGCCUUCUGAGCUGCGCGUGGAGUCAUGUGAUCGUCUGUUGCCGCAAGCCCACCCACACCUCCAGUCAGUAACUCCUCAUCCUCGCAUUUGAAGUUAUGUUCAGUUUCUGGUGGAAACACUUGAUAUGAAUUUGUUUGCUGGUUAGUCUCAGUGGUUCUAUGGAAGCAUGAACAAGCUUAAUGCUAACUACCACAUUAAAAGUGAAGGGGAACAGAACACAUUCUUAGCUCAGAAAGUUGAGAACUUGUAGUGCACGACAGAAAGAAGCCAGUGAUUUAAGUGUCAAGAAAGUUAUUGUUUUUUAAGGUGUCACACUUGAAAUAUUUGGUUACAACAGGAUGUGUUCAAAUAAAAAACAUAUAUAUAUAUAUAUUUUACAUAUUUACUGCAAAUUUGAAGUCUUUCUGAAAAAAAAAUAACUGAAUAGACAAGCAACCAAAUAAUAACUGGAUAAUUCAUUUUUAUUUGUGAAAUUGUGUGGUGUUUUAGGCCUAAAAAAAAGAAAUACCCCUCACAUACUAUUGCUUUUAUAGUCUGCUCUCCUCUGAGAACUUCAACAGAAAAGUAGGAUUUAUCCCACUUUUCGUUUGGCCUUAUAUCGGUUGAGUUAAAAUGGCACCUGCAAGAGGUUCAAUUGGAAUCAUGGUAUCGUUGUACUGUAUUGCAGAAGCUGAAAGAACGCUGGCGACCAGAAUGCACUGUAGCUGCCGCUGAAAUUUAAGCAAGGUUUCCUCUUGACGCGGCUGUUAGACGUUUAAGUUUCCUGAUCUCAUCUGCCUGAAAGAUCCAAGCAAAUCAAAUAAUCCUGUAACUUAAAACUAAUUUAAAAAUGUACAUUCUUUAUUUAUAUAUAUGAUUCAUUUCUGGUUAUGGUGUUUUAAUGAGAGAAGAGAAUAGUUUAUUAAUUUAUUCUGAUUUUUAUUUACUUGUUACUGAAUCUUUUGCUUUUCAACUGGGUCUUGUUUAAAAAAAAAAAAAAAAAAAAAAGAAGUUCGGCUGGGAGAAGAUUCUGCAGAAAUGUGUGCUGUUUCGUUCACAUUACCAGAAUAAAAGUGAAUUGACAGUUGAAAUUGAGAAAGCGGUGACCGGGCCUGGUAAUGUGAAAUGGGAACUGCCGUCAUCAUCCCAUGUGUUUUAGGGUUGUGACCCUCUCAGGGACGCAUCAAGUCACGACUGAUCCCAGAUGUUUGAAUUUUGUUACUGGUAUGGCUCCCCCCCCACCCCUCCCUCACCUCUCACUCGCAGUAGCCCUUCGUUUUUGCUGCACUCUUCCCUCUUUAUUGCACACGCAAGAACUCUUCAGCUGAGGUGCAGCACCACUACAGAUUUGUUUUGUACACAACUGCUGUAAAGUAGCAUUUACCCAGACGGUGUCCUGGCGACCGUGUAAAUACAGUACAUUUCAGUGUAGAGUAUUCUAGAAUUUGUAUUUUUGUAUAGAAUUUUUUGCAGAGUUUGGAGCUUAUGUGUACUCCCUGUUGUUGCGUUUAUGCAGUUUAUCGUUGUGUUUUGACCAGCAGCUAGAUUUCUUUACUGACCCCAGAAUAUAAUAUCUAUAAAUAUAUAAAUAUAUUUAAUCAAUAGUUUCACAGUAUUCCUUCACAUGGGACACAAUGCAAUGACAGAAGAGGGACAUGUAUGUGAGUUACUUGGCCUUACAGUUCAACUUUUCAUUUUCAUUGAUGCAGAUUGUUUGUUAAAAAUGCAGCAACGCUGAAGAUUUAUUUAAUUGUGAGGGGUAAGAUUUUGACACUUGUGGACAGGCUGGGUGACGAUUAUUGUUCAAAUGUAUGAUGGCUUUAUAGUUUUAUGACAACAAAUGGACAUUGUCACAGUUAUUCAACCUGUGAACUUAGGCUUGUGGACAACUAAUAGUAGAAAAGAGUUAUAAAAAUGUGGGACAUCAGUUUUUCAAGCACCAUAUUGACGGCAUUAUUUUUCUUUUUCUUAUUUUUUUUUUCCCCAAGUACAGCUGAAACCCAAAAUAACUGCUGGUAGAACGUUCAUGAAAUAUAAAGUUGCCGGUCACCUCUUCACCCAGCCUGGCCGAGAGUGCAGUUAUGGUUGACUAACAAAGCUGUCAUUGAACAUUCCAGUUCUACAUCUUGAAGUUAGCAUCAGUGAAACAGGCAACUUCAUACUGUCAACCACUUGUGAACUAUGCAACUGGCAUUCAGAAGGGUCCAAAAGAAAUGAAAAUGUUUGCUUUAUAUGCAGAGGUUUAGUGGCAAUGGUAGCCUUUCCAAUGCAUCCGUGACGUGCAUGCUUUUUAAUAUUCACCUCAGCUCUAUUUCACAUUUGAAGUGGUGUAAAGUGUUUGUUCUUUUUGUACCUGCCGUCUUUGCCUCUGAGGUAACUGGUUUUAAACCAACUGGAUUUAUUUCAAUGAACGCGUUUGUUAUUGAUUCUGUUUUAAGAAUUACUUUGGUCAAGUGUACGCAGCUUUUUUUUUUUUUUCUUCUCUCCUUCUUCCUCACUUUUCCCCCUCGACGUGUUUGUUCUGGGCUCACUCCGUUGUACGUAAUCUCACCGCUUGUGGUUGAUUUUUGAUUCGGCUUUUGAUGACGUGCAAGCUGCCGAGAUGUGUCGUGAUUUUUUUUUGUUUUUUUCCUUCGGGAUCUGGUUCAAUGAAGGAGACGUUAAUUUGGAAGCAGACCAUGCUUCCAAAAAGAUGUCAAGUCACCCAAAGAGCGAGGAAUUUUGUGGGUUUUUUUUUUUAAGAAUGUGUAAGUUUGCCUGUUUUUUUUUUCGUAUCAAGUAAUAUAAGAAAUACUUUCCGAAGAGCAAUAUAAUACUAAUAAAAACUUAUACUUGUCACUGAAACGUUUCUGGUGCUCAAUCAAGAGUGGAAAAAUGCAUUUUAUUAAAGGAUUAAAA